AUGACGAGCAAGGAGGGGGCUACAGGGCAGGCCUUUGGCCCGGUCCUGGCCGCGGUCGCUACCAUGCAAGGAAAUGUGUCGCGCGCCGAAAAAACGCAUGCCCAUGAAUUCUUAGAGAAAUUUCAGAAAUCGGUCGAAGCUUGGACUAUCACCCAUGAAAUGUUACAAUCUCCGGAUGUUCCUGUCGAAGCCAAGUUGUUCGCAGCGACGACGUUGAAAGGAAAGAUCAUCUUCGAUCUCGAUCAGUUGCCGACCGAAUCUGUAGUCGCGCUCAGAGACUCUAUCCUGAACCUGCUUGUGGGUUUCGCCGCGGGUCCUCGGCCAAUCCAAACACAGCUAUGCGUAUGCUUGGCCAGUCUGGCUAUUCAGAUGCUUGCAUGGAAGGACGUGCUCCCUACCGUGGGCGCUGCACUGGGAAGUAGCGCUGGAGAUUGCGUGCUGGAGUUCCUAAAGAUUCUCCCGGAAGAAGUAACGGAAGGCCGCAAGAUCAAUCUGAGUGAAGAUGAUCUCACCAUGCGGACAAAAGAACUCCUGGAAGAUAAUGCUGAGCAGGUGAUGCACCUAUUGAUUCAAUACGCUCAAUCAUCACCGACUGCCUCUACUAACCCGCGCCUCUUGGAUUGUAUCACUUCAUGGAUGCGCGAGAUUCCGGCCGCCAAGAUUGUGGAGUCGCCUUUGAUGGACGUCAUUUUGAAGGGACUUGAUGACGACAGAUCUUUCGAGGCUGCCGUAGACAGCAUGUGCACACUGUAUCGAGAUACCCGUGAAGUCGACGAUUCGCUUGCCAUUAUCCAAGCCUUGUAUCCGCGCAUAAUUUCACUUCGCCCCAAAAUCGCCGAGUUUGCCGAAUCCGAGGAUACCGAUGCCUACAAAGGCAUCACGAGACUUUUUGCAGAAGCCGGUGAAGCGUGGGUUGUGUUGAUCGCACGUCUACCAUCCGACUUCCGUGGUCUGGUCGAGGCAGUUUUGGAGUGUUGCGCUCGGGAUUGGGAACGAGACGCAAUUUCGCUGACCUUCAUUUUCUGGUACGAACUGAAGCAGUACGUGACGCUGGAUCGAUACGCAGACGCCCGAGUGAAUUUGAGCGACGUCUUCUCGCAGUUGGUGGAUAUCAUGGUCAAGCACCUCGAAUAUCCUGGGCCCGAAGAAGGCGAGACGGAUUUGUUUGGAGGUGAUCGCGAGCAGGAGGAGAAAUUCCGGCACUUCCGCCACUCAAUGGGAGAUGUACUCAAGGAUUGCUGCGCUGUCAUCGGGGUCACCGAGUGCUUGACUAAAGCAUACCAGUUGAUUCAGCAGUGGGUCUCCAAGUAUGCGUCGCAGUCCAGUGAUGAGCACGUCCCACACUGGCAAGAGCUUGAGGCACCACUGUUCAGUUUGAGGGCCAUGGGACGCAUGGUGGAUCCUGAGGAAAGCGUCGUCCUUACUCAGGUUAUUCCAUUGAUCGUGCAGAUUCCCAACCAAGAGAAGGUGCGAUUCCAGGCUAUCAUGGCACUUGCACGUUACACGGAGUGGACGGCACAGCACCCGGAGACUUUGGAGGCCCAACUAAACUACGUCAUCUCUGGGUUCCAGCAUAGCUCUCCCGAAGUGGUCCAGGCUGCGGCUUUGGCCUUCAAGUACCUGGGAACAGACUGUCAAAAGCUGCUUGGGGGUCACAUUGCCCAGCUCCACACGUUCUAUGAGUCCGUGAUUGACAAGCUGAAGCCUGCGAGUCAAGAGGAGGUAACCGAGGGCGUGGCAGCAGUGGUUGCAGUCCAACCUCUGGAGAAGAUCUAUGAAACCUUGAAAUUGUUCUGUGACCCUAUCAUGGCUCGCAUCAUGAACCUAGCGAAUAACGCUCAAGAUGAAGAAAGCCAACGGGCUGUUGCUGAUCACAUUGGGCUGAUUACCAUUUUCGUCAUGGUCGUGAACCCAUAUGUCUCUCCCCGUGAAGAGAACCCCGCCGUCAAGUACUGUGGUGAGAUCUUGCCCAUCAUGAGCACGAUUGCGCUGAACUUCACAUCAUCCACACCAAUCCUCGAACGAGUUUGCCGUUGCUGGCGCAAUAUGAUCAUCUCCUACCGAACUGCAAUCGCUCCUCUACUGCCAACUUUGGCCCAGAGUCUUGCUAGUGGCUUCCAGGCGUCGCGUGAAGGAUGUUUCUUGUGGGCCACUGAUGCCGUCGUCCGCGAGUUCUCGGAGGGUGCUGAGUUUGUGGAUGCGAACACAAGCCAGGCUGUCUUCCAGUUCUACGAACAGCAAGCAAUUGCAUUCUUGCGCAUCCUCAAUGAUUUGCCUCCAGAGAACCUACCUGAUGUCAUCGAGGAUUUUUACCGUCUUUCGUCGGAUGCGAUCCGCUUCUAUCCCAAGGAAUGCAUAACAUCUGAGCUUUCGGUUCCCAUUUUCUCGGCGGCCCUAAGCGCCCUCACCCUUCAGCAGAUUGACCCUCUGAUUGCCACUCUUCAUUAUUAUCAUGAUCUGUUUAGCUUUGCAUUCGAAAAGCCAGCGGUUUCCGAGUUCACCACGUCUGAUGGCAAUGCAUAUUCGACGCCCGUCGAAGUUCGUGAGGCAGUCAAGCGGCUUAUCGCAUCCCAGGGUCAACUGCUUGUCCAGCGGAUCCUUACAGGCAUGAUGUUCACCUUCCCUGGAGAGUGCUUCCCAGAUGCCUCCGGCGUUCUGAUGUCCAUGUUCGAAUUGAUGCCUGAAGAUGCGGGAACCUGGUUGCAGUCCACUUUGCAAAUGCUUCCUGCGGGUACGAUGAAGCAGGGCGAGGCUGAGCGUCUAUUGAAGGGGCUGUUUGACAAGAUCCAGUCUGGUGAGACCCGGAAGAUUCGGGUCUUGCUUCAAGACUUCACCAAUUCUUAUCGCCGCCGAAAUGUGGCUCCCAGAGACGGUCUGGGCCGACUUGAGGCCACCCGAUUCAGGUUCAGUGGAUAG